GAGAGUUUAGGGUUUAAGGAUGGAAGGUCUUAAGGUUCGGCUAUGGGAGCCAAUUUUGUCUUUACAUCCAAGAAACCCUAAUACGAAUCAAACAAACCCUAAAAUCAGUCCACCAUGUCUUCGCACAUUCCGGAAUCAAACUCUGCAAAUGACCAAACCCUAAAUCUGUCCACCAUGUCUUCGCAAGUUCCUGAAUCAGAACCCACAGGUGAACAAAGUCCAGCACAGAAACCCUCGGACCAACCGCCAAUGGACGAUCCCGGAGCCCUAGAAUCCAGGGAAGGCGAAGAAGGAGAAGGAGAAGAGGAAGAAGAAGGAGAGUGCGGCUUUUGCCUGUUCAUGAAGGGAGGCGGGUGCAGAGAGAGCUUCAUCUCUUGGGAGAAUUGCAUCGAGGAGGCCGAGAAGAGCCAGGAGGAUAUAGUCGACAAAUGCUUUGAGGUUACCGCUGCCCUGAAGAAAUGCAUGGAGGCCCAUUCCGACUAUUACGCCCCCAUCCUCCAGGCAGAGAAGGCCGCCGAAGCCGAGGCGGUGAAGGAAUUGCAGAAGGAGAAAGCCAGGGAUGCUGUAAACGAGGGUUCUUGAUUUUUGGUUUGAUUAGGGUUAAUCGCAGAGCUUUUUUUUGAACAAUACGCGAAAUGCGGAAGAUUUUUUUGAGGUCAGUAUUAUGAGAAACUGAGAGAUCUCAUGGCAAUUUUUGUGUAUUGAGAAUAAGUGGAUAUUGAUUGUGUAAACGAAUGCAGAUUGCUCCUCCUUAUAGCUAAAAUACUUGCUUUCUACCCCAUGUCUAUGUUUUUUGUUCAAUUGUU